UACAACGCCUACAAUGCAACGCGCCAUCAUUCGUUUGGAGGUCGAAGCUGUCAGCUGUGUACGAGAAACCAUCGACCAAGAAAGGAUGCUUGAAAUUCAAUUGUGAUGGGAAUUUCAUCUUAUAUAUUAACACAUUAUUUAACUGCUGCUUAACAGUAGCAACGGAAAACCUCUAACAGAAAUGUGUGCUGUGUUACUCGCAGUGACCGCUGGGCCUACAGACGUCAUGGAGGAGACGGACAGGGAGGCCUUCGCCACCUCGGUGCAGCGGGUCGCGGGAAUGCUGCAGCGGCCGGACCAGCUCGAUAAGGUGGAGCAGUACCGCCGAAGAGAGGCCCGAAAGAAGGCUUCCGUGGAAGCCCGACUGAAGGCCGCCAUCCAGUCCCAGCUGGACGGGGUGCGAACGGGACUCCUACAGCUCCACUCCGCCCUGGAGGAUGUGAAGGACAUCCAGGGCUCUCUGGUGGACGUCAGCAAGGACUGGAGGCAGAGCAUCAACACCAUCGAGAACCUGAGGCAGGUGAAGGAUGCGGUGGUGCAGCAUAGUCAGCUGGCCUCUGCUGUGGAGAACCUCAAGAACAUCUUCUCAGUGCCGGAGAUCGUGCAGGAGACGCGGGAGCUGAUCGAGCAGGGCGAGCUGCUGCAGGCGCACCGCAAGCUGAUGGACCUGGAGAGCUCGCGGGACGGCCUGAUGUACGAGCAGUACCGCAUGGACAGCCGCAACGCGCACGACAUGGGCCUGAUCCGCGGCUACUUCGGCGAGGUGCAGCACCUGUCCGAGGAGCUGGCCAAGCAGCUGUGGGUGGUGCUGCAGCGCUGGCUGGUGACGGUGCGCCGCGACCCCACCAUGCUGGUGUCGGCCGUGCGCGUCAUCGAGCGCGAGGAGUGCACCGACCGCCGCAUGCUGGACCGGCAGCGGCAGACGGGCUUCGCGCCGCCGGGGCGGCCCAAGCGCUGGAGGGAGCGCACCUUCCAGGUGCUGGAGGGCACGGUGUGCACGCGCAUCGAGGGCUCGCAGUCCGACACGCGCGAGUCCGACCGCAUGUGGCUGGUGCGCCUGCUGGAGGUGACGCGCAGGUACGUGCUGGACGACCUCAUCGUGGUGAGGAGCCUGGUGGUGCACUGCUUCCCGCCGCACUACGACACCUUCCGCGUCUUCUUCCGCCUCUACCACCGCGCGCUGUCCGCCCGCGUGCAGGAGCUGGCCGCCGAGGACCUGGAGGCCAAUGAGAUCGUCUCUCUGCUCACCUGGGUGCUCCACACCUAUAAGAGUGUGGAGAUGAUGGGGCACCCGGAGCUGACUGCCGAGUGUGACAUCAACCUGAUGGAGCCCCUGCUGCCAGAGGAGGUGGUGGAUGAGCUGCUUAGCACAUACAUCCAGAUCUUCACAUCCAACAUCACCGGCUGGCUCCGUAAGGCGUUGGAGACGGACAGGAAGGACUGGUACAAGGACACAGAACCAGAGGCCGACCAGGACGGAUAUUACCAAACCAGCCUGCCCGCCAUCGUCUUUCAGAUGUUCGAGCAGAACCUCCAGGUGGCGUCGCAAAUCGACGAGCCCUUCAAAGACCAGGUCCUGCGGUUGUGUUUGAAACAGAUGACCUCCUUCUUACACAGGUACCGGGAGGAGGCCGUGGCCUUUAAGGAGGAUCACCUACGCGAUCGACAGCUCCCCCAGUGCUAUGUGCAGUACAUGAUCGCCAUCAUCAACAACUGCCAGACCUUUAAGGAGUCGAUAAACAGCCUGAAGAAGAAGUACUCCCACUCCAUGGAGCCCACGCAGAACGACGCCGCCAUCGAGAAGACCCUGAGCGAGGUGGCCCGGGAGGGCUGUCAGUUUCUGCUGGACGAGGUCUUCCUGGACCUGGAGCACCACCUGAAUGAGCUGCUGACCAGGAAGUGGAUCACUGGCUCCCACGCUGUGGAGACCAUUUGUGUGACGGUGGAGGACUACUUCAAUGACUUCUCCAGGAUUAAGAAGCCCUACAACCUGGAGAUGAGCAGUGAGGCCCACCGCAGGGUGGUGGUGGAGUACGUCCGCGCCGUGAUGCAGAAGCGGAUCAGCUUCCGGAACGGCGAGGAGCGGAAGGAGGGAGCGGACCGGAUGAUCCGGGAAGCGCAGCAGUUCAGGAUCCUCUUCAGGAAGCUCUCUCCGGACGAGGACACACAGUGGCUGUGCGACUCCAUCACCGGCAUCGCCGAGGUGUUCAAGCUCACCGACCCCAGCCUGCUCUACCUGGAAGUGUCCACGCUGGUGUCCAAGUACCCCGAUAUCAGGGAGGAGCACAUCGCCGCCCUGCUGGCCGUGAGGGGAGACGCCAGCCGGGACAUGAGGCAGAUGAUCUUCGAGACGCUGAGCCAGAGCCGGACGUCUCUCCCCGCCAGCACCCCGCCCAUCUUUAAGGACAUCACCGUUCCCUCCCUGGCCUCCAUGGCUGUGCCCAAGCUGUUGAAGUGACACACACGACCCUCACUCUGUCCGCCGGAAAUCACGCCCGCGGACGACUGACCGCACUGACAGACACUAAUGUAACGUGUUGCUAUGGUUACUGCGAUACUUGAUUGACUGGACUGGGACACUCUC